CCAUUUAUCAUCAAAGCCAUACUCACUCAACAAUCUUCCUAUUUCCUCUCCAUCGAUCGACUUACAUAUUAUUCUUUUCACUUAUCCUCUUCUGAUAUAUAUAUAAUACUCUCUGUCCUUGAAAAGCUAUGGCUCAAGUUGCCGCUCAAACCAUGGAUGUAAAAAGCAUCAAAUCGCUUGCUGAAUCACCUGCUCUCAGUUCUGUUCCUUCUGCUUAUGCCUUCAACAUGAACCCAAAUGACGAAGCAAAUCCAAACGAUCCCGAAUUCGCAAUCCCCAUAGUUGAUAUGUCUCUUCUUACCUCCGAAUCUCCUGAUCAACGGUCCAAAAUUAUCCAAGACCUCAUCAAAAUUUGUCAAGAAUGGGGUUUCUUCAUUGCGAUUAACCACGGAGUCCCAGAGAGCCUAAUGAAGGCGAUGAUUGAUGCGUGCCAUGGAUUUUUCAGCCUCCCAGACGAAGAGAAGGAGGAGUUCAAAUCCGGAAACGAUGUGCUGGAGAUGUUCAAGUACGGAACCAGCUACAAUCUUGCAUUGGACAAGGUUCUUCUCUGGAGGGACUUCUUCAAGGUGAGAGUACAUCCUGAGUUCUACUCCCUCUACAAACCGGCUUGCUUCAGUGAGGUCUCAAUGGAGUUCAGCAAGAGAACAAGAGAAGUAGCAUUGGAGAUAAUACGCGCAAUAUCAGAAAGCUUGGGAUUGGAGCCCAACUACAUACACGACGCAAUGAACAUGGAUCGCGGCAUACAAAUGCUCGCGGCCAACUACUAUCCGCCUUGCCCUCAGCCAGAACAUGCAAUUGGUAUACCACAUCACACUGAUCAUGGCCUUGUCACUCUGCUCAUCCAGAAUGAGAUGAAUGGCCUCCAGGUUGAACACAACGGCAAAUGGCUCACCGUCAAUGGCCCUGCCAACGGUUUCUUUGUCAACCUAGCUGACCAAAUGCAAAUUCUUACUAAUGGAAAAUACAAGAGUGUGAUGCAUCGGGCCACGGUGAACAACAAAGCUACAAGGAUAUCUAUUGCCGUACCACAUGGACCAUCUGUUGAUACAAUUAUCGCACCGGCGCCGGAGUUGCUGGAAAAAGAAGGCCAAGCUCCGAAAUACAUUGGAAUGAACUAUAAGGAGUAUAUACAGCUUCAGCAAAGCAGCAAGAACUACAUGAAAUCCACCUUUGAUCAUAUCCUAGCCUAACUAAUUAAGCAUUAUACAGAGUCCCAUGGCUUUGUCGCACGGCAAAGGAUCUCAACCACAUUGAAAGAGCUGCAGCUUCCUUUUAGUUUCUUUUUCUUCGAACUGUUUUUGGUCAAAAUUUCUCUUCUUUUUUCUGAAUGAUCAUGUCAUGUUCAGUGUCUGAUGCGUUAUUAGCACCAAACUGCUUUGUGGUUCAAUAAUAUUUGGAAGGAUAACAUAUUUGCAGA